CCUAUGAUGAACACUGUGCCUCUCACAACAGCAUACUGAAGGUCAACUGAUUUUCAUUAAAGGAAUGGAAUAUAUCUUGGGUGUAUUUAUGGUGUUUCACGGUUCUCAUGAGAAGUGCUAAUAAGUCAGCUUUUAGCAACAAAGGCUUGUCUUCAGAGGUGUUGGGAGCUGCUCACAGCUUAGCUGUAAUCUUUCCUCGUCGUUGCUUCAGGAAUGGAUUUGAAGCUACUAUAUGUAGCGCAGUGUGGAUCUAAACAGCUUGUAUCUUCACUGGCCCUUAUUAAUCCAAGAUGAGAAAGCAUACACAGUUGCAUCGAAUGGACAUAGCUGUUUAUAUGCUUUCAGUUUUGGGAACUUGUUUUCUGCUCUCCUGAGUCAUUAGUGGUUUAUGGGUAAUUCUGGGUUUUACCGCUGAAUACUUGCUUGGUGUGCUUCAGAUGAGACAUGGCCCGAAACUCUCGCCGUGGUUCCAAGUACAAGGCAGAUGCCAACCAUGAUGCUGAUUUUGGCUGCACGCUUCAAGAGCUUCGGUCGCUCAUGGAACUCAGAGGAACCGAAGGAUUACAGAGAAUCCAAGAGUGUUAUGGGGACGUCCAAGGAAUCUGCUCCAGGUUAAAAUCGUCACCCACAGAUGGGCUGAGUUUAGAUGCUGACGAUCUUGCAAGAAGAAAAGAAGAAUUUGGAAAAAAUUUCAUACCUCCGAAAAAGCCCAAAACAUUCCUUCAGUUGGUGUGGGAAGCACUGCAGGAUGUGACACUGAUUAUUUUGGAAGUUGCAGCCAUGAUAUCCUUAGGCCUUUCCUUCUAUAGACCUCCAGAUGCUGAAAGAGAAAACUGUGGAAGAGCUGCAGGAGGAGUGGAGGAUGACACUGAAGCAGAUACAGGAUGGAUAGAGGGUGCUGCCAUCCUUUUAUCCGUCGUCUGCGUGGUUCUCGUCACUGCCUUUAAUGACUGGAGCAAAGAAAAGCAGUUUCGCGGCUUGCAGAAUCGCAUCGAACAAGAGCAAAAGUUCACAGUGAUAAGAGGAGGCCAAGUCAUUCAGAUUCCUGUGGUUGAGAUUGUCGUCGGAGACAUCGCUCAAGUAAAAUACGGUGACCUCCUUCCUGCUGACGGCAUUCUAAUCCAAGGAAAUGAUCUAAAAAUUGACGAAAGCUCUCUCACUGGAGAGUCGGACCAUGUGAGAAAGACACUGGACAAAGAUCCCAUUCUACUCUCAGGCACUCAUGUUAUGGAAGGAUCGGGAAGGAUGUUGGUCACCGCAGUGGGCUUGAAUUCUCAGACUGGUAUCAUCUUCACCCUCCUCGGUGCAGGAGAUGAUGAAGGAGAGGAUGAAAAAGAAGAAAAGGAGAGGAAGAAAAAGAAGAAGGAGGAAAAGAAGAAAGAAAAAGAUAGGAAAAAGAAGGAGAGAAAAGAAAAGAAGGACCAAAAACACAAACAGCAAGAUGUAUCGGAAAAAUACAACGAUAAAGAUGGAGUAAGUGCUGAAGGCCAGCUUUUCAGCAGUGAGGAUGGGAGAAUGGUUGAGGAGAAAAAGAAAUCCAGUCUGCCAAAGAAAGAAAAAUCUGUACUUCAAGGGAAGCUUACCAAACUAGCCGUGCAAAUUGGAAAAGCAGGCCUUUUCAUGUCGGCCAUCACAGUAAUUAUCUUGGUGGUGCUCUUUUUGGUGGACACUUUCUGCAUCCAAGGGCUUCCAUGGCUUAAAGACUGCACCCCUGUCUACAUCCAGUUCUUUGUCAAGUUCUUCAUCAUUGGAGUUACUGUAUUGGUCGUUGCUGUGCCUGAGGGACUUCCUCUCGCUGUUACCAUCUCAUUAGCGUAUUCUGUCAAAAAAAUGAUGAAAGAUAACAACUUGGUCAGACACUUGGAUGCGUGUGAGACAAUGGGCAAUGCCACUGCCAUCUGCUCAGAUAAAACGGGCACAUUAACCAUGAACAGAAUGACUGUGGUGCAGAUGUAUGUGGGAGACAGACACUAUAGGAGGGUGCCUGAACCUGAUCUCAUUGAAGACAAGAUCUUGGAUCUGCUGGUCAUUGGCAUUAGCGUUAACUGUGCAUACACUACUAAGAUCAUGCCACCUGAGAAGGAAGGUGGACUGCCUCGUCAGGUGGGGAACAAAACUGAAUGUGCCUUGCUGGGGUUUACGCUUGACUUGGGUAGAGACUACCAAAUCAUCCGCAAAGAAUAUCCAGAAGAGAGGCUUUUCAAAGUAUACACCUUCAACUCUGUGAGAAAAUCCAUGAGCACAGUGCUGAAAAAUUUUGAUGGAAGUUACCGGAUGUUCAGCAAAGGAGCCUCUGAAAUACUUCUGAAGAAGUGUUGUAAAAUCUUAACAGCUAGCGGUGAGCCCAAGGUCUUCAAGGCCAGAGAUCGAGACGACAUGCUGAAUAAUGUGAUUGAGCCCAUGGCUUUAGAGGGUUUGAGGACAAUCUGCCUGGCCUACAGGGACUUUCCUGUCUCAGAGGGGGAACCAGACUGGGACAAUGAGGCUGACAUCCUCACUAGCCUCACCUGCAUCUGUGUUGUGGGCAUUGAAGAUCCUGUUCGACCUGAGGUCCCUGAGGCCAUUAAGAAAUGUCAGCGAGCAGGAAUCACAGUGCGUAUGGUCACCGGGGACAACAUUAACACUGCCCGCGCUAUUGCCAAUAAGUGUGGCAUCCUUCAUCCUGGAGAUGAUUUUCUGUGCCUUGAGGGCAAAGAAUUCAACAGGCGAAUACGCAAUGAACUAGGAGAGAUUGAACAAGAGCGUAUUGACAAAAUUUGGCCUAAACUACGCGUGCUAGCAAGAUCCUCUCCGACUGAUAAGCAUACGCUAGUAAAAGGUAUAAUUGAUAGUACUGCUGUAGAGCGAAGACAAGUAGUAGCUGUAACAGGAGAUGGGACAAAUGACGGCCCUGCCUUGAAGAAAGCUGAUGUUGGCUUUGCAAUGGGCAUUGCAGGAACAGAUGUGGCCAAAGAGGCCUCAGACAUUAUCUUGACAGAUGACAACUUCACCAGCAUUGUGAAAGCUGUCAUGUGGGGGCGAAAUGUCUAUGACAGCAUCUCAAAGUUCCUGCAAUUUCAACUGACAGUCAAUGUAGUGGCUGUAGUCGUGGCAUUCACUGGCGCCUGUAUCACACAGGACUCUCCACUAAAAGCAGUCCAGAUGUUGUGGGUGAACCUGAUCAUGGACACAUUUGCAUCACUGGCUCUAGCCACUGAGCCACCUACUGAGGCUUUACUGCUGAGGAAACCCUACGGUCGCAACAAGCCCCUCAUCUCCAGAACCAUGAUGAAAAACAUUUUGGGUCAUGCUGUAUACCAACUCACUAUCAUCUUUAUUCUGUUGUUUGCUGGUGAGAAGAUCUUUGAUAUUGACAGCGGCAGGAAUGCUCCUUUACACGCCCCUCCUUCAGAACACUACACAAUUGUCUUUAACACCUUUGUCAUGAUGCAACUCUUCAACGAGUUCAAUGCUCGCAAGAUCCAUGGCGAGAGGAAUGUGUUUGAUGGCAUUUUCAACAACCUGAUCUUCUGUUUCAUUGUUUUUGGCACAUUUGUUAUCCAGAUUGUGAUUGUACAAUUUGGUGGAAAGCCCUUCAGCUGCGUUGGACUUAGUAUUGAACAGUGGCUUUGGUGUGUCUUUCUUGGCUUUGGAUGCCUUAUCUGGGGUCAGCUGAUAACCACCAUUCCCACAAGUCGGCUGAAAUUCCUGAAGACUGCUGGCCAUGGUACCCAGAAGGAGGAGAUCCCAGAGGAGGAACUGGAAGAGAUGGAGGACCUGGAUGAGAUCGACCACGCUGAGAUGGAACUAAGAAGAGGGCAGGUCCUCUGGUGCAGGGGCCUAAACAGAAUCCAGACACAAAUCCGUGUGGUAAAUGCCUUCCGGGAAGCAUUGUCCCCUUAUGAAGGCUUGGAGACUCCAGAAUCGCGAAGCUCCAUCCACAACUUCAUGAGCCACCCAGAGUUCCGCAUCGAAGACUCCGAUCUGGCCAUCCCCCUAAUUGAUGAAACUGAGUCUGAAGAAGACAGACCAACAAAACGCAGUUUUGUACCAUCAGCCAUUCCUUCUGGCAUAUCUUCACCGAACCAGAACAACAAUUCUGCCAACAGCAGAACAUUUCAUCACUACAAGGACUUAACAAAGACUGCCAGCCCUCAAACUCCUGGUAGUCCCAUGCACAGUCUGGAGACAUCGCUGUGAUUACACACAUGCUAAAAACCCCACUAAGAGCACAUCAAUACCAAUAAUGCUAUGACCAUGUCAAAAAGAGCACAACCCAGAGGUCAGGUGAAUGUGAUUUCUUCAGCUAGGAUAUUUCCUGUUUUUUUCCCUUUGUUGUUGCUAAAAUAAUUUAUUUUAACCAAUCACUUCCUGACGUAAUAAGGACGUGCCUUUUACUCGUCACUCGAACAUUUGAUUUCAGUGCAGGGUUAGACAGUAAUGUUCUUAUCUGGAAACUGACCAAUGUCUAUUCAAAUAUUCAGAGGAUGGGCACAAGUUUAAUGUGAUUGGGUAAAAGAAAUUUUCUAAAAACAACAAGGUGAUGUUGCUAAACAAAAUAUAUGAAGAAAUCGUGUUCACAGAGGUGGCAACUGGGUGUUCUUGUAGUUUAAAGGAGAUUUUGUCUGUGGGGGUAUUUGGUUUGACAAUGUAGUUAAUUUCUGAUCACUUUGUAAAUAUUUCCAUCCCAGAAGAUCUAUGAAAAUAAAAGAUUUAUGGUUUAUGCAUUUUCCUUCAGAUUAUUAUACAGUAUAGUGAUGGACACUGGAUUCAGAGUUUGACCCAAAUUGCUUAUUUCCCCUGCUUUUUUUUUGACACAUUUUGAUAUGUUAUAAAUUUGUUGUUUAUAUUGUAAUUAAAAUGGUCUGUUUACAUGCUUUUGGAGAAUCUCACCUAGCAUGAAAUCAGGAUACAUAUAAGGUUUCUACAUAGUAGCUGCUGUUUAGUUUAGUGGUGUCUGGAAUAAAUGAGAGGAAAGAGUUGUCACACGAUAUGCAAUUCAAGCACAAAAACUGUAAAAUGAAUUACAGUUUUGUAAACUAUAGGCUGAUAAUCAACUGUUAUAUUCAAGUGAUUGAAAGUGUUUGUACACUAACACGUUACCACCUGCCUUUUGAUCAUUGCAUCGAUCUUUGUCUCAGGCUUAUGUUGGUUGAGUUGUCUCAGCAGCCCUUGGUUAUACACACAUUCGACACAAUGCUGCCAAAUUACAGUAGCUGCACUACACAUGAACUUGAAGUUAUGAGAGUUUUAAAUUUAGGAUAUUCAAGCAAUAUUUAAUGCAGUUUAGACUUUUUUUUUUCUAUUGUUACACUGAGAUAUUCUAUACUUCUGAAUGAUGAGCACACUAAAUUUAGUUUUGCCAAAUUAUCCCAUAGGCCCUUUGGGAAUAUAACAAAUUGAUGAUCUGUUGAUGAUAUUUCUUUAGUGCAGAAGUUUUUCACCUCUUGACCUGAAAAUGAUGGCUUCUUUUGAGACUUGUAAAAGGCGAUAGGUUAUGUUCUGUUGUGCUGCACAUGCCGUUAGAAAAGGCUCUUUGAUUCUGUUCGUUUCACUGUAGUUUCAUUCCUGUUUUGGGAAUUAAUGCUGAUCCGACUCUUUAUGGAUUUCUUUUUUCUAUUGUAAUAUUUGUCAGUUACUUACUGUCUAAUUAUGAGAAAUAUAAACUGUGAUUGUGGUUCAAU